AUGGGACUGCUGCAACGACGCAGUGUGUUCGUUCAUGACGAGGUCAAUGGCGACACCAAGGCCGACUGCAGCUUCAAGAAAUCUCGCGGCCGCAAAGUGUCGAUGCCCAGCUUGAAACCCCCAGUGAUUGACAAAGAGAAGGAACUACCAAAGCGCAAGAGCUUUGUCAACAUUCUCCGGCCAUGGAGAAAGGACAACAACGCUGGGCCAGUCCCCCCCUUGCCGCUCGCACACACGCCGUACGCUCGCGGGCGUGACUCGAUGCUCAAUUCCCCCACCUCGCCGAUGGGCCCUGCCUCAACUCGACCCGUCUCGCAAGUGGGCUCGCAGGCAGGCAUCUGCUCGACUUUCCCACGUCAAGCGUACCCAAGUUCAGUGACGCUGCCAAACUUCAUUCCUGGACCACGCCGUUUCUACAACCAGGGAGGGGCGGUGGAUAGCACGUCGAGCUUUGGCGCGUCUCGCUCAACCCUCCAUCUCUCCGCGCACCCUUCGUACGCGCACUACCCUCCGUCGCCAGCGCCACCAAUGAACAUCUCUAGCCCCAUUCCGGGAAUCGGCGAUGUUCCUCCCACGCGCUACAACGACUACUUCCAGCCGCCGCCGCCGCUGCUGCCACCCCCGCCUGGUGAGAUCGGUGUCGCACUCACGCCACCAGACGCCAAGAGCCUUGUCAAGCGCGAGUCACGCCAGCGCAUUCGCCUCAGCACCCAAACCACACACACGGUCAUCUCGAGCUCGACACACACGAGUCACACGAGCCACACAAUUCUUGCGCCAACUUUACACAACGCGCUCUCUAGUACCAGUCCACCAACCUCGCAAAACUCUCACGGCCAUAGUCCACUAGCAAGUAACCGUCAGAGCACGGCGACAAUCAAGCCGCUCAAGCGCCAGAGCAAGGGGUCGAAACGUGCGAGCGAGGCCGACUUCCUCCUCGAUGCCGAGGUUGCGGCUGCGUUCUCCGGUUCGACAUCACAGCCCAAUGGCCAGAUCCCGCCGGUCCCUGGGAUUCCUGCCGCUCUUGCCGCGCUAGAGGGCCGGAGUACCGAUGACCGCAUGCCCCCGCUCAACGCAGAACCCGAGCGUGAGCAGCAUGAGCGUUCCCCACGCGCCGUCAUGUCGAUGCUGCCCGAGUCGCGCCAGUCCAAGAUCCCCGUUCCCCAGCGCAUCCACUCCAUGCUUCCGGUGCCACCUCCACGCCGGUCCAGCGCCAUGGCGGCCAAGCACCUUCCUCCUCCGCCACCACCGCAGUCGUUUCCGUCGCUCCGACCUCCUCCUCGGAUGGUGGACCCCACAGGCUUACGGACCAACGCCUCUUCCCCACGGACAUCGAGCCCGGGUACACCCUCAUCGUCACGCGGGCGCCUCCCUGUUACGGGGUCGCCCCGGCCGGACUCGCUCCUCUCCACUGCCAGCUGGGGCUCGUCGGCAAGCCACCGCAUUUCAGGUCUACCAGGGCGGGUUGAGCGCGGCUCCAUUCCCUGGCGCCACAGUCCAGGUGGCACACCCGACUUGUCGGCCGGCUCAGAGGGUGAGGGUGUUGAGGCCCUCGAGGACAACAAGAACCCUCACAAUGCCCACUGCAAGGGCGACGACGAGAGCAUGCGGUCCACCUCUUCGCUCUCGCACUGUCCAACGGCGCUACUCUCGCCUGUCUCGAGCGUGUGCGACACUCCGCUCACUCCGCCAGUGAACGACAACGGGAUCCUCUCGCCUUCCACGUCUGGCGACUUUGGUCUCGGCCUCGGCACAAUCAUACCUGGUCCUCGGAAUCGUUCACCCACGCGUGAGAUUGCCGGUCUCCAAACCCGCAACUCGGUUCUCGAGGCGACAAACUGCCGCUUGGAGGCCGAGUUGCGGCAGGCGCGCUCCAACCCACGCCUCCGCUCGUCCGUUGCGACUAGCAUGUACAGCAUUUCGUCGCUGGCCAUUCGCGACGACAUGUCGAUCGGGUGGUCGAGUCACAACGGCAGCUGCCUCGACCUGGCCAUGCCAGCUCUCGUGGCUGAGAUUGACCAGCUGAAACGCUCCAGCGCUGCACUGCAAGCCCAGCUGACAGGGCUCAAGAGCCAGGUGUCGCUCCUCCUUCCGCCGACACCGCACGAGGUCGCCGAGACCGAGGAACGCGACGGCUACGUACAUGGCGAAAUGUACAUCCCUUCUGCAUCGUACGCCCCGCCUCCGGUGAGGGUGCAAGAGCUUGGCUCCGACGCCGACGCCGACGACGAGCGCGACACGCCGACCCCGCGCCGCCGGGAAGACAGCCUGAGUAGCGACAUGGAGAACUCGGUUGCGAGCCAUGCGAGCACGUACUCGAGCUCGAGCAUGGACAGCACGUCCCCCCUCACACCCGACACGUCGGCCGACUGGCCAACGCUGCCGAACAUCACCGAGCUCACGCUCGACGGCAAGGCUGGCGACCGUUCCAGUGUCAUCAGCAUGACCCGCGGUGGCGCGCCACUCACAAAACUCCCGCCUCGUGGGCAUACGCGCUCUCGCUCCCGCCUCGCCCCGGUCAACAUCAGCAAGGCAAACGCAUGCGUGCCAGGCUCGGACCCCACAACGCCGAGGGCAACCACGCCAAAGGCCCGCCGCGCACAGCGUAACAGCCUCCAGCCCCCGCCGCGCAGUGCAGUCACUCCCCGUACACCAACGUUCAGCAUGGGCACUGCAGUGCCGCCGCCACGACCCCCGCGCCGCCGUCCCGUGAACGUGCCGCGCGAGAUCGUCGAAGUCGCCACGGCCUAG